AAUAAUCGUUCGCGCUCGUUCGUCAGUCUUGUUUGCUUGUUUUAGACAAAUUCUCUUAGGACACGUGUACUUGCCUCAAUUAAAGCUCGAUUCAUAAUUGUGAACAUUAUUCAGCAUUUUCGUGAGGUGAUGAAAAUAUAUUGUUGCUGUGGUACAGUUUAAAUUCAGUGUAGCUUGAAGCCCCCAAAGAAGCUUGUUUAUCCUAGUGUCAACAAAUAUUUAAUAAUCAUGUCAGAAUUUCGGGACUGGUACUAUAGUGUACCAUUCUUCACACGAUAUUGGCUUACAUUUACAAUAGCUCUUAGUUUAAUUGGCCGGUUUGGACUUAUAAAUUAUUACUAUUUCGUUUUGGACUUCUACCCCUUCAUCAACCAAUUUCAGAUAUGGCGACCGAUCACAGCCCUAUUCUUCUACCCAAUCAAUCCAUCAACGGGCUUCCAUUUCCUUAUAAACUGCUACUUCCUAUACAACUACUCCCAAAGACUCGAGACUGGCAUGUUUGCUGGCAAGCCAGCGGAUUACUUUUACAUGCUGUUAUUUAACUGGGUCUGCAGUGUAGUCAUUGGAUUUUUGGUUAAUUUGCCAAUCUUAAUGGACCCCAUGGUUCUCUCCGUUCUGUAUGUGUGGUGCCAACUGAACAAGGACGUGAUUGUCUCCUUCUGGUUCGGCACCCGGUUCAAGGCGAUGUACCUACCUUGGGUGCUGCUGGCAUUCAACCUAGUCAUCAGUGGGGGUGGAGUAAUGGAACUGCUGGGCAUCCUGAUUGGUCACAUGGCCUUCUUCCUGCUCUUCAAGUAUCCUCAGGAGUUUGGUGGUGCUUCAUUGUUGACGCCUCCUGCAUUCUUGAAACAAAUAUUCCCGGACACACGGUACGUGGGUGGUUUUGGCACUGCGCCCCAAGCCAGAGUCCCCACGCGGCCCGGCGGCACAGUCUUCGGCGGUCACAACUGGGGACGCGGCCACACGCUUGGCGGGAACUGAAUCGAUUUGGCGGGGAAUGUGACACGGUGACAGCAACAAGGGAUAUGUAGUGGAGUGUUUAAAAAUCGAAUGUACAGUUUCCUCCUUGGUUGGAAAUUGUUUAAAAAAGUUUGAGAAUAAUUUAGUGCUGACCAGGUUGAGAUUCUUUAAGUACACGUUCUCAAUGAUGUGUAUUUAAAUUGUGAGCAUUUUGUUUUUCUUAAUAAUUUUUAAAGCUAAUCAAUAUUAUUUUUCUAAAACUUCAUAUCAGAACAUUAUUCUUACAUUCUUGACUCAAAUUACUAAAUAUAGUCAAUUUGUUUAGGUACUGAAAUAAAGGUACCUAAACAGUAUUGAUUAUCUUCAUUGAAAAAUACACUUAUGACAAAGUAAAAGGAAAAAACAGAUGUUAUAAUUAGAUAUUUUCAGUUUCUUAAGAAUAAAGUUAUAUUAUUUUGAACCUUACAGCGUUAAUAUUUUACCCUAAUAAUUUUAUAACUAUUUUUCAAACUUGUUUUCAAUUAAAUCUAAUUUGACAAACUCUUCAAAAUCUGUCAAACAAAUUGGAAUGGUAUUAUAGUGUGACUGUAUUCAAUAAGUUAUUCUAUUUUUUGUGUGAAUAUUGAAUAUCUGAAUACUUUGUCUGUACAAAUCGUUAUAAAGCAAAAAAAUUAAGGUACCUAAUGAUUUUUAGCAAAAGAAUUGUUUUGUUUGAAUAUAUUAUUGACAGUUUCAAAGAUUUCACUACUAGGUAUUUCAGCCUUUAUAAUUGAAAUUAGUGAAACUAUUUGGUUGCUUGAACUCGGCUUAGCUGUGCUGAUAAGCGAAAACUAUUAUUUUUAAUAUAUUAAUAUUUAUAAGGAACAAAUCAACGAAGUUUAAUUUCUUAACUCCACUAAGAAGCAUUAAAAUAUCAAAGUGUUAUAUUUCGUUGUUCAACCAACCAAUGGUUGAAGUUCUAUAACUGUCUUUGCAUAAUAUUGUCAGACUUGUCUGUCCUUAGCUAUAUUUCUACGAAUUGUUGUAACAAUAAAGUGAGAUCAAGAUAUAUAA